AUGCUAGCUCUAGAAGAGCUAAAGGACCGCAAUGUGGGCCGCCCAGUUAAAUGUCGUCGCACAUUGACGAAAGUGCGUGGAGGCACAGCGUGCGGUGGCCAGACCAUAUUUGAGGACGACUUUUCUACCUUGAAGGAGGAUGUGUGGCAGAUUGAACAUUACAUCCCUAUUUCAUCCCAUCCGGUUGGCUAUGAUGUUUCAUAUUUCGAACAUCCAUUUGUAUCGUAUCAAAAUCGAUUGGAUGAUCCUGUUGUGUUCGUGUCAAAUGGAUUCCUACAAAUAACAGCAAAAGUCCUAGAGCGUUUAUCGGAAUACGACAACGAUACCGUAUAUUUUGAAGACUUGGACCUCAACAGCCAGAGUGGGUGA